CGUGCCGGGUCGGAGAGCUGUUACCGAGGAGAAGAUGGUGGAAUCUGCAGUAGCAACGUGCACGAUACCCUGUCCUAAACUUUUCGAAAAAUAUUUAUCUUCUCAACCUGGUAUUAGAUAUUGGUUACCUGGGGACAAUCAUAGGUAAAAAAGCUUAAAAGAAGGCGCAGUCACACAUCGCGCCUUGGGAGGACCCCACACUUCACCAAUCGAAGUGUGUACAACUGUUCAGUGACCAAGAGUAGCUCUGGAGUUGGAGGAUUAAUUGUUUUGUGAAAUUUGGAGUUGUUGCAGAAAUAGUGUGGGCAGAUCGGCUGUGGCCAGCCGCCCACUGCUUGUUUUAUCGUGACUGCUGAGUGUUAACCGGGCGUCGGUAAGGCAUCGUGGGAGUCCUGCUGUGAACCGAGCUAAGAUUGUCUGGAAGCGGUGGACGGACCAACUGACUGGCAUAAUGCCAAAAAAUAAAAAAGGGAAGAGGGGUGCUUCCAGUAAAGGGACCCUGCGUCAGGAAGUGCUCCAGCUUCAGCUCUCGGGGAAAACACCUCGUUCAGGGAAGAAUGGGGUGAAAGGCGAGUCGGGAGUCAGUGAUGAUGACCUGAUCUCAGACGUUCUCAGCCACUUCAGUAGUGCCAGCGAGAGUGCCUCUGUAUUAGAGGAUGGGACAGGGGGAGGAGAAGUGGUAGAUGAACAAGCUGCACAGGAGGAGACGGAGGACAAACUGAAGCAGUGCAUUGAUGAUGUCAUGGAUAAGAGUGUGAAGGUGCGUGGGGCUGCCCUUGAGAGCCUCCGACAGGCCUUCUCCUCACGGCUGCUCUUGGACUUCCUCCUGGAGAGAAGACUCACACUCAGCGACUGCCUGGAGCGCUGUCUCCGCAAAGGAGGAGGGGAGGAGCAGGCGGCGGCGGCUGCGGUGUGCUCUCUGCUGUGUGUGCAGCUGGGGGGCGGGCCCGAGGGGGAGGAGGGCUUCAAGGUCCUGCGGCCCAUUCUCAGCGCCAUCCUGAUUGACGACAGCGCCAGCCUAUCAGCACGUCAGAGCUGUGCCCGUGCUUUGGGGAUGUGCUGCUAUGUGUCUGCUGCAGAAGAUGCAGAGGACCUGCUCAAGUCCCUGGGCCACCUGGAGAGUGUGUUCAGCUGUGUGUACCCUCGGGCUGAAGGGGUGCUGCCCGUGGUGAAGGCUGGUACUCCCCCCCUCCACACCGCUGCUCUGCAGGCCUGGGCACUCCUCAUCACCCUCUGUCCAGCGUCACACCUCAACACCCUCAUUGACCAUCACCUGCCCCUUCUGCAGGCAAGUCUGGACAGUGCUGAUGUCAACUUCAGGAUUGCAGUGGGAGAGACCAUCGCUCUUCUCUAUGAGCUUGGCAGGGAUAUCGACCGGGACUUUGACUAUGAGGACAGCGAUGCUCUGUGUGACGCCCUGAAGGGUCUGGCCACAGAUGGGAAUAAACACAGGGCCAAGAACGACCGCAGGAAACAGAGGUCCAUAUUCAGAGAGGUGCUGCAGUAUAUAGAGAAUGAAGACUUCUCUGAAGAGAAGAUCCGCUUUGGAAUAGAGGCUUUGUACAUUGACUGCUGGGUACGCAGGCGAAUCUAUGAUGCCUUUAAAGAGGGGUUGGAGUCUGGAGUACGCCACCACCUACAGUGGAACCCCCUCCUGAGAGACAUGUUUGGGCUGGGUGCCCCCCUCAUCCUGGAUGCGUCAGUCAAAGCCAGCAAGAUCUCACGCACAGAACGGCAUCUCUUCAACUCUGCUGCCUUCAAAGCUCGGACCAAACUACGCAACAAGGUCCGAGACAAGAGAGCGGACGUGAUGUGAUGUGAUGUGAGGAGAGGAGAGGAGGUGAGGGGAGGGAGGAGCGUGAGGAAGCCUUAAGACCCUGUGCCUCCCCCAUUCAAAGACCACAUGACAGCGGCUGCCAAACACUCUGCAAGGGACUUCACAAGCAAUGCAAACAAGUGUGCGUGUGUGUGUGUGUAUGCGUGUGUGUGUGAGUGAGUGGGUUUUAUUUUUUAUUUAACACCAUGGAAUAAAAACCAUAAAAAAAGAACAAAGAUCCUGGAAAUAAAGAAGAGAUAAUCUCUGGCUAAGCAUCCAUAGGAAGCAUUUCUGCUUUGAGGAAAGCAAAAGUAUUUUAACUUCUAAUUUAUUUUAAGUGGGAGAAGAGAUGCAUUUUAAAAUUAAUCUGAAUAUGAAGAUGUUUACACAUCCAUAGAGAUGGAACACAGUAGACCCUAUGUAGUUUUUCUACUUGACCACCGGGACAGACAGGACCGUUUCUCCUGUGUACAUGUAAGGAUUUCAGAUGCACACACACACACGUGUGAGAGGAAGCCUAUGUGUGUGUGACUGGAACAUACUGACAUACUGAAGUGCAUACUGCACGUGGUGUUGGUGGUACUCUGUGCCUACAGGGAAUGAAUCAUGAAUUUAAAUAAAAUAUUAUGAAUACACA